UGCGGGCUUGUGAUUCAAACUGCGGCGCGGCGAGCUCAGUAGUCUGCGCUGGCGUUGCCCUGCGACUGCUGCGCGUUGGGAAUGGAGCACCGUGUAGUGGGACCUGGGCCGUACCGGGCCACCAGGCUGUGGAACGAAACGGUGGAACUUUUCCGGGCCAGGAUGCCUUUACGGAAACAUCGCUGUCGGUUCAAGAGUUAUGAGCAUUGCUUCACCGCGUCGGAGGCUGUGGACUGGCUGCACGAGCUUCUGCGGAACAGUCAAAACUUUGGGCCCGAGGUAACUCGUAAACAAACAGUCCAGCUGCUGAGAAAAUUCCUGAAGAAUCACGUUAUCGAGGACAUCAAGGGAAAGUGGGGCCAGGAGGAUUUUGAAGACAACCGUCACCUCUACAGAUUUCCUCCUUCCUCACCCCUGAAGCCAUAUCCAAAGAAGCCCCUGUAUCAAAGAGAUGUUAUUAAGUUUCCAGAAUGGAACGAUCCCCCACCGGGCACUUCACAGGAGAACAUUCCAGUGAGGCCAAUUGUGAUGAAUUCUGAGAUGUGGUUCAAGCGCCACAGUAUUGCUAUUGGAGAGGUGCCGGCAUGCCGUCUAGUCCACCGCAGACAGCUGACUGAGGCCAACGUGGAAGAGAUCUGGAAGUCUACGACGUUGUCAUAUUUACAGAAAAUUCUUGGCCUUGAUUCCUUGGAAGAAGUUUUAAACACCAAGCUUGUCAGCUCCAAGUUCAUCAUCCAUAAUGUGUAUAGUGUCAGCAAGCAGGGGGUGGUCAUCUUGGACGACAAGUCGAAAGAACUUCCUCAUUGGGUCCUGUCAGCUAUGAAGUGUUUGGCAAAUUGGCCCAACUGUACAGAUUGGAAGCAGCCUAUGUACUUGGGAUUUGAGAAAGAUGUCUUUAAAACGAUAGCAGAUUACUAUGGUCACCUGAAGGAGCCACUGCUCACGUUUCAUCUCUUUGAUGCUUUCGUCAGUGUAUUAGGUUUGCUGCCGAAGGAGAAAAUGGCCAUUGAAGCAUUUCAGAUUUGCUGUCUCCUUCUGCCUCCUGAAAACAGGAGAAAGUUACAGCUGUUGAUGAGGAUGAUGGUGAGGAUCUGCCUAAACAAGGAGAUGCCCCCACUGUGUGACGGCUUUGGCACCCGAACCCUGAUGGUUCAGACAUUUUCCCGGUGCAUCUUGUGUUCUAAGGAUGAAGUAGACUUAGAUGAGUUACUAGCUGCUCGGCUGGUGACAUUCCUGAUGGACAAUUAUCAGGAGAUUCUGAAAGUUCCUCUGGCCCUGCAGACCUCCAUAGAAGAGCGUGUGGCUCAUCUGCGAAGAGUCCAGAUAAAAUACCCAGGAGCUGAUAUGGAUAUCACUCUGUCUGCACCUUCAUUUUGCCGUCAAAUUAGUCCCGAGGAGUUUGAGUACCAAAGGGUGCAUGGCUCCCAGGAGCCCCUGGCAGCCUUGUUGGAAGAAGUCAUAGCUGAUGACAGACUCUCCAACAAGGAGAAGAAGAAGAAGCUGAAGCAGUUUCAGAAAUCUUACCCUGAAGUCUACCAGGAACGAUUUCCUACCCCAGAGAGUGAAGCACUUCUCUUUCCUGAAAAACCCAAGGCCAAACAGCAGCUGUUCGUGUGGGCACUGAGGAAGCCUUUCCAGCCGUUCCAGAGAACUAGAAGUUUCCGGAUGUGACGCAGUGGCGGAGCUUGAGAGGCCUCCGUGGUAGAGAUGGCUCGGGGAGUCAGUGGAGGUUCAAGAAGGCUGUUGUAAACUACUGAAAUACGGAGUUUCAGAGUAUCCAUCUGAUUGCCCGACUCUUCAUGCUGAGCCAUUGUCAGUAUUUUUAUAAAUCUCGAUGCUGUUUGUAGAGAUGUACAGAUGAGUGAGUGAUUACGAGUCACGUGUGUAGGGUGGUGUUAAAGGCUUGGGAUGGUUACAGAAUCAAAAGGUAAAGCCUUCCCCUCCUUCUGUUUGUUGUUUUCCCUGUUGUGUGAAGUCCCUGUGUGUGCUCCAUGCUCACCUGUGCAUCUGUGAAAACCAAGCCGAAGAGUACUGUCAUACUUGAAUAAGAACAACACUGUGUAUGCUGUUACUGUGGUAGCACUGACCCAGUUGCCAAUUGUGAUUUCUCCUGCGUAAGUCCCACGGGUUCUUAUUUGUUCUUGUUUGUUUGUUUAAUCUCCUUUUUUGUUUUGUUACUGUGAAAAGUCCUAAUGUUUUGCAUUGUUAUAACUGUGCCUUUUAUUGCAGACUAGCCUGUUGCUCUUUGAUUACCCGUAUGCCGGGCUGGGUCUGCACGUGUCUGGAUGUGGAAUAGUGUGUGUGCAUCUGCCCAUGGCCCUGUAAUCUGAGUCUUAGCUAAAGACGGAAGGUUGAGCUGGAUGAGUUCUUUGGGCUUCCUUAGGCCUGUAAAUCUAAAUUAAGUCUUUGUUUGGUUUUAAGACAAGUAUAAAUGGAUUGAGUAAGAUGAAUUAUUUCUUUUAUGAAUAUAUUUUCUCAUCUUCAUUGUUUUGAAAGUACAUGGAAUGUAAAUAAAUACUGAGUUUUUUAUAUGUA